AUGUUGGGUGUGGAGAUAGUGUUGCAUCGACAGUUAUUCGAGAUGACGCUUUAUCUUCUGAACCAAUGGAAGAAUCAACCCGGUGGAGCUCAAAAUGCAAGUGCAUUUUUGCUUGCUUUGAAAAGUGAGCAUUCGUCGAUGCGCGAAAAGGAACUGAUCAUUGAGGUAUUGGAUGACUGGGAUGUUCUGACACCAACUUGGUUUGAAGUAGCCGACUAUCUAAGCGUCAUCGAAGGACUUCAUGAAGAUGAGCAUUUUAAACAGCGUUAUCUUGCUGCUCUUCUAGCUUCCAAGGUUGCUUUUUGUUUGGGCGACUAUAAUGGUGCGUUGCAACUUGCUUUAGCGGCUGAAGAUAAAUUCCAACUCACGCCACGGUCACCUUCGAUUCUUGUUGGCUCGCAAGAUGAGCAGUAUGUGAACAAAAUAAUCGAGCAUGCGCUGGAUACAUAUAAACAAGCUAAGCGUAAUGAAGAUGAAAUAGAUCCUCGGCUGGAAAAACUCAUUAAUCGACUUUUCGAGAGAAACAUGAAAAGACGAGAACUGAAAUAUGUGAUUGGACUUGCAUUGGAUACGCGUAGAACGGAUAUGAUUUUAGUCGCUAUAAAGGCUACUGAUGAUCAGGCAACUUUGUUAACCGAAACUGUAGCGAAAGUGUUGGAGUCACAAAUGGAUCGUGCUUUUCGAAGUAUAGUUUUGGAUUUGCUACUUCGUUUAUUUGCUGAACUGGAAGAGCCCGACUUUGUUUCCAUGUGCCAAUGUUUGAUCAAACUUGAAAAACCAAAUGAUGUUGCGGAUAUUCUGCAGCGAUUGGUUUCCAAUAAGGGUGACAGUGGUGUAUUAUUAGCAUAUCAGAUUGCUUUUGAUUUGUAUGAGAAUGCUUCGCAGCAAUUUAUCAGUAAAAUAGAACAAUCUCUCAUAGACAGCACUCCGAUAGAUGCACCAACAACGAGUGAUGCGUUGAUACAGCCUAUGGAAAUUACUACUGAAGGAAAAAUAGAGCCUAGUAGAAACACUGCCGUAAUUGCUUCGAAAGCUACUACUGUUAAUAAAGAAACGGAAGAAGGAAAGAGCGAUGAACAUUCGAAGGAUACGUCCUCAUCUGAAUCAUUGGAGGAGAAAGAGAAGCAGAAAAGGAGCAAUCCUGAAAUCAAGUCUUGUGAAGAUGCCGUUGCUGGUGGUUCUUUCAGCACAAUAGGUGAUGGGGCAAAAAUGAUGGUAAUGGAUGCAUCAUUUCUAGAAAAAUCGAAAAUAAAGGAUAAGGUAAUCUGUGAACGUUUGCGAUCAAUUUUGCGUGGCGAGCAAACUAUCAAGCAUCAUAUGCAGUUUCUUAUAAAAAAUAAUCACACCGAUAUGCUAAUUUUAAAACAAAUAAAGGAAAGCGUACGAACAGCAUCAGCACAUAAUGCUACUGUCAUUGCAAAUGGCUUGAUGCAUUUAGGAACAACAACUGAUGAUUUUUUGAGAGAUAAUUUGGAGUGGAUAAGCAAAGCAACGAACUGGAAUAAAUUCAAUGCUGUGGCAUCACUUGGACUUAUUCAUAAAGGUCAUGAAACGAAUGCAUUGAAGUUGUUAGAUCCGUAUUUGCCGAAGGGUGAAGCUGAUCAGUUUGGAUUUAAGGAGGGUGGUUCGUUGUAUGCUUAUGGACUGAUUCAUGCAAAUCACGGUAAUGCUGAAGUGAUCGCCUAUCUUCGGGAUCAAUUAUUGAAGGCGACAACGUCAGCAGCACGUCAUGGAGCAUGUCUUGGCCUUGGUUUGGCUGCAAUGGGAACACAUGAUGAACAAGUGUUUGUACAAUUGCGUGAUUGUUUAUAUCAAGAUGAUGCCGUGACAGGUGAAGCCGCUGGACUAGCAAUGGGUCUUGUAAUGGUUGGGGGAAUGCAAACGGAAGCGUAUCAGGAAAUGGUACAAUAUGUGUGUGACACACAGCACGAUAAAAUUCAGCGUGGUUUGCGUACAGGCAUCGCCUUACUUGCUUAUGGGCAACAAGAAGAAGCAGAAAAACUGAUAGCCCCCUUGUUAGAGCACAAAUCAAAUUCGGUAUUGCGUUCAACUGCAGUUUGUAUGCUUGCAAUGGCGUAUGCGGGAUCAGGUAAAGCAGAUGUGGUUCGACGUCUAUUGGCUAAAGUUGCAGCUGAUCCAAAUCAAGAUGUGAAACGUUUCGCUGUUAUCGCCAUUGGUUUCGUUCUUAGCAAGUUAGUUUAUUUUCAGUAA